CAGUGGGUUGGGUGGUGGUGCCAUAGCUAGGGGUGGGGCAGACUGCCCUAGGCAGUGGUUCUAGGUAAUAAACUGGCCUGGGAAAUGAAUAGAUACCAGUGGGUAACGAAUACACACACUCUGUCUGUGUGACUCACCCGGCACCCCAUCUGACCACAGGAUGCUGGAGCUGAACCUGUCCUGGCUGGGGCUCGGGCCGGUGGCAGCCUCCCCAUGGCUGCUGCUGGUGCUGGUUGGGGCCUCCUGGAUCCUGGCCCACGUCCUGGCCUGGACUUACACCUUCUACAACAACUCUCGCCACCUUCAGUGUUUCCCACAACCCCCCAAACGCAACUGGUUCUUGGGUCACAUGGGCCAGUACCCCCCCACGGAGAAGGGCUUGCAGGACUUCACCCAGCUGGUAGCCAACUACCCCCAGGGAUUUAGGAUCUGCCUUGGCCCUGCCAUUCCCAUCAUCAUUUUCUGCCACCCUGACAUGAUCCGGACCGUCGCCAAUGCCUCAGCUGCUGCUGCACCCAAGGAUGUGAUCUUCUAUGACUUUCUGAAGCCCUGGCUGGGGGAUGGGCUUCUGCUGAGUGCUGGUGACAAGUGGAGCAGACACCGUCGCAUGCUGACACCCGCCUUCCACUUCAACAUCCUGAAGCCCUAUAUGAAGAUUUUCACCAAGAGCGCAGACAUCAUGCAUGCCAAGUGGCAGCGUCUGAUCACAGAAGGCCACACCCAUCUGGACAUGUUUGAACACAUCAGCCUCAUGACCCUGGACAGUCUGCAGAAAUGCGUCUUCAGUUAUGACAGCAAUUGCCAAGAGAAACCCAGUGAAUAUAUUACCACCAUCUUGGAGCUCAGUGCGCUUGUGGCAAAGCGGAACCAGCAGAUCUUCUUGCACAUGGACUUUCUGUACUUCCUCACCCCCAAUGGGCGGCGCUUCCGCAGGGCCUGCCGCCUGGUACAUGACUUCACAGAUGCAGUCAUUCAGGAGCGGCGCCACACCCUUCCCAGUGAGGGUACUGAUGACUUCCUCAAGGCCAAGGCGAAGACCAAGACUUUGGACUUCAUCGAUGUGCUUCUGUUGACCAAGGAUGAAGAUGGGAAGGGAUUAUCAGAUGAAGAUAUCCGGGCUGAAGCUGACACCUUCAUGUUUGAGGGCCAUGACACCACAGCUAGUGGCCUCUCCUGGAUCCUGUACAACCUUGCAAAGCACCCAGAAUACCAGGAGCGCUGCCGGCAAGAAGUGCAAGACCUUCUGAGGGACCGUGAGUCUAAAGAGAUUGAGUGGGACGACCUGGCCCAGUUGCCCUUCCUGACCAUGUGCAUCAAGGAGAGUCUGCGGUUGCACCCCCCGGUCUCGGUCAUCUCCCGCCGCUAUGCCCAGGACACUUUGCUUCCAGAUGGCCGGGUCAUCCCCAAAGGUGUUAUCUGCCUCAUCAGUAUUGUUGGGACCCACCACAACCCAUCUGUGUGGCCAGACCCUGAGGUCUAUGACCCCUUCCGCUUCGAGCCAGAAAACAUCAAGGGGAGGUCACCUCUGGCUUUUAUUCCCUUCUCAGUGGGUCCCAGGAACUGCAUCGGGCAGACAUUUGCCAUGACGGAGAUGAAAGUGGUCCUGGCGCUCACGCUACUGCGCUUCCGCGUCCUGCCGGGUGAGGAGCCUCGCCAGAAGCCAGAGCUGAUCCUGCGCGCGGAGGGUGGACUUUGGCUGCGGGUGGAGCCGCUGAGCUCAGGCCAGCAAUGACACAGCAGUCCUUUCUCUCCUGGAAUCCUCCCCUGGUCUAGCCACCUCCCUGAAAAUUCCCAGGAAUAAAAACUAUGUGGUCACUUC